UCUUGAUUGUUUUACACAAACAACUUACAAUGUAACACUAAAUGAGCGUUAAUUAAAAUACUUUUUAAAUUUUUUAAUUAUAAUUUUAAAGUAUUAAACUUACCGAUGACGAACUAUGAGAACAUUUUAAAUUUACCGCUGAAUUUUAGUACCUCAAAUGAGAAAUCCAGCGAACUUGGAACGCAUGAAAUGAUAAAAAUGUCACAGCGCGACUUCUCAGAGAAUGAACCUGAAUGCACACCGGAAUUACCAGCCGCGAAUCGUGCUUUAUUUCUUGAGAAGGUGCGUCAAUCUAACGCCGCCUGCCAGAGCGGUGAUUUUGCUACUGCGGUCUUACUCUAUACGGAUGCAUUGCAACUUGAUCCAGGCAACUAUAUACUCUACAGCAAUCGUUCCGCAGCACGUCUAAAACAAGGCCAAUUCGCACUUGCGCUACAAGAUGCGACAAAGGCACGUGAUUUGUGUCCACAAUGGCCGAAAGCAUAUUUUCGAGCUGGUGUUGCGUACCAGUGUUUGGGACGUUACGGCGAAGCACUUGCUUCAUUUAGUGCUGGACUAGCGCAAGAUGCACAAAACAAACAAUUGCUAGCGGGUUUAGUUGAAGCAUCUGUCAAAAGUCCCCUACGACAUGCGCUGGAGCCGACAUUUCAGCAAUUACGUGCCAUGAGUUUAGACCAAUCACCAUUUGUGGUCAUAUCGGUGGUGGGUCAAGAACUACUACAAGCUGGUCAAUACCAUUCAGCAGUUACGGUGCUAGAAGCAGCAUUACGUAUCGGCUCUUGUUCACUAAAAUUACGUGGUUCCGUUUUUAGCGCACUUAGCUCAGCGCACUGGGCUUUAAAUCAGUUAGACAAAGCAAUAGGAUAUAUGCAACAAGACUUAGCUGUAGCGAAGAGUUUAGGUGAUACAGCUGGGGAAUGUCGCGCACAUGGAAAUCUCGGUUCAGCGUACUUUAGUCAGGGUUCAUACAAAGAGGCAUUAACUGCACACCGUUAUCAACUUGUGUUAGCAAUGAAAUGUAAAGAUACACAAGCUGCUGCAGCAGCCCUUACGUCGCUGGGUCACGUAUAUACCGCCAUUGGUGACUACCCAAAUGCAUUGGCCAGCCACAAGCAAUGCGUGCAAUUAGUGAAACAAAUGGGUGACCGUUUACAAGAGGCUCGAGAAAUAGGUAACGUUGGUGCUGUGUAUCUUGCUAUGGGAGAAUUCGAUUCUGCUGUUGAUUGUCACACACAGCAUUUGCGACUAGCACGUAAGUUAGGCAAUCAAGUCGAGGAGGCACGCGCUUAUUCAAAUCUUGGUUCCAGUCAUCACUAUAGACGUAAUUUCGCACAAGCUAUUACCUUUCAUGAACAAGUAUUACGUAUAUCACAGCAACUUGGUGACAGAAAUAUUGAGGCACGUGCCUACGCUGGACUCGGUCAUGCAGCACGAUGUGCUGGUGAUUGUGUGCAGGCAAAGAAAUGGCAUGAAAAACAAUUAGAAAUGGCGCUUGCAGCGCGCGAUAAAGUUGGUGAAGGUCGAGCGUGUUCAAAUUUAGGCAUUGUUUACCAAUUACUUGGUGAGCAUGACGCGGCAUUAAAAUUACAUCAAGCUCAUCUAACAAUAGCACGACAACUUCAUGAUCGUGCCGGUAUGGGUCGUGCCUAUGGCAAUAUCGGUAAUGCUUACUCUGCUGCUGGCUUAUAUGAGGCUGCCAUAAAGUAUCAUAAACAAGAGUUAACUAUCAGCAAAGAGGUACAUGACCGCAGCGCGGAAGCAUCCACACAUGGAAACUUAGCUGUUGCUUACCAAGCGAUGGGUGCACAUGAUAUGGCGCUUAUACAUUAUCGCGCACACCUGAAUAUAGCUCGAGAACUAAAAGAUACGGCUGGAGAAGCUUGUGCGCUACUUAAUCUGGGCAAUUGUCUUAGUUCGCGACAAGAGUUCGCACAAGCUGUUCCGUACUAUGAACAAUAUCUGAUGUUAUCACAGGAGCUUGGCGAUGUAGCCGCAGAGGGAAAAGCUUGCCAUUUCCUCGGCUAUGCUCACUAUUGCAUUGGAAAUUUCCGCGAAGCAGUUCGUUAUUACGAUCAGGACUUGGCUUUAGCAAAGGAUUUGCAAGAUAAAAUGAACAUGGGUCGUGCUUACUGUAAUCUUGGCCUAGCACAUCUUGCACUGAGCAACAGCCAAGCUGCAUUAGAAUGUCAGAAAUACUUCUUAGCGGUAGCUCACAUGACAAAUCAUUUAUCGGGCAAAUUUCGUGCUCUAGGCAACAUUGGAGAUAUACUCAUACGCACAAGUGAAAUUGAAGAAGCAGCUAAAAUGUAUCAGCGUCAACUCACAUUGGCUAGGCAAGCACGAGAACGUCCAAUGGAAGCAGCCGCUUGUGGCGCACUAGGCUUAGCACAUCGUCUCAUCAAGAAAUACGAUAAGGCUCUAGGCUAUCAUACACAAGAAUUAACCUUACGUCAAGAAAUGUCCGAUCUACCUGGAGAAUGUAAAGCACAUGGUCAUUUGGGUGCUGUACAUAUGGCACUUGGUAAUUAUACGCAUGCUGUAAAAUGCUAUCAGGAACAAUUGGAACGUGCACAAGAAUUACAAGAUUCUGCAAUCGAGGCACAAUCGUAUGGAAAUCUCGGCAUUGCUAAGCUUAAUAUGGGUCACUAUGAAGAUGCUAUUGGUUAUUUGGAGCAACAAUUGGGUACACUGGAGAGGGUUAAUCUACCAACUACACAGCAUGAUCGUGCACGUGCUUUGGGUCACUUAGGUGACUGCUAUGAUGCACUUGGUGAUUACGAGGAAGGUAUAAAAUGUCAUGAUAGACAUUUACAGCUAGCAACGGCACUACAAAGUUUCCGCGAUCAAGAACGUGCUUACCGUGGUCUUGGUCAUAGUCAUCGUGCUUUAGGUAAUCUACAGGAGUCACUAGUUUGCCUUGAGAAACGCUUAGUUGUAGCUCAUGAAUUGGGCAGUCAGGAAGUAAAAGCUGUUGCAUAUGGUGACUUGGGCAAUAUACAUAGCGCCAUUGGCAAUUAUGAACAAGCUGUAAAUUGCCUCGAACAUCAACAAGAAAUCUCACGGGAAUUAGGUGAUAGAGUUUUGCUUUCAGAUGCUACUAGUGCUUUAGGAAAUGUUUACCAUCGCAUGAACGAUCAGGAUGGUUCAUUAAAACUGCACAAAAUGGAUUUGGAAAUGUGCGAACAUAUGGGCGCACUAAGUUUACAAGCAAGGGCAUGUGGUAAUCUCGGAGCCGUUUAUGAAUCCAUGAGAAAUUAUGCAGAAGCUGUAAAAUACUAUGAAAAACAAUUGUCCCUAACAACGGAUCGUCUUAGUAAAGCCUUUGCGUGUGGUUCUUUAGGACGCGUAUUUUAUCAAAUGGAACAAUAUUCUCAAGCCAUUAACUUUUUGAGACAAGGUCUUGCUAUCGCACAAUCGAUUAAUAAAACGGAAGAUGAAGCUAAAAUAAGACAUCAAUUAGGUCUUGCAUUACGUGCUUCCGGAGAUAACGAAGGUGCUCGCUCUCAAAUGGAAACUGCUGCUCAGUUGCUUGAGUCCGUUCGAUAUGAUCAACGCAGUCCUGAAGGUCGCACUUCACUUUUUGACCUUCAAACCACUUGUUACCAUAUACUACAACAAAUACUUAUAACCAUGCAACGUAAUGAAGAUGCUUUAGUUGCAGCUGAACGCUGUAAGGCCCGCACAAGCCCAGACACUAACAGUAUUUCACGAAAAACAACAAUGACGUGCAGUGAAUCUAUCUAUGACAUUGUCAAUCGCACAAAAACAAAUGUUCUUUACUUCAGUUUAGCUGGAGACGACCUUUACGCUUGGUUCUUACAGCCACAAAAGGGCAUUUCGCGUUUCAAUGCAGUUCGCAUCAGUGAGGAAAUAUUAAAAAUAACAAACGAAAAAAAUGACAAGUCUACAAAAGAAUCGGUUCAAACCAAGGAAAGUUUGCUCGAACGUUAUAUUAAUAUGGUACGUGAUAGUCUGGGAGUAAAUUCAGAUAGCGUACUACAUGAAGGAGAUGGUAGUGGCUGGCGUUCAAGUUCAGAAAAUUUACUUGAUGACUUUUCUAACGAACGGAAUGGAUUCUUACGAAUGGUCAAUCGCAAUCAUCUAAUGAAUUCUUCAAAUUAUUCCUUAAGUUCACUGUUUAGCUUAGGCUCUGUAGGUGGUUCAGUUGCAAGUCUACAGGGUUCGACACGCUCAAUUGGUAGUUUACAAGGUUCUACACGUUCUCGCCGUGCACCAAUGAUGCCUGCUUGGCAAGGUCCUAGCUGUUUGCAUACGCUAUACAAUUUACUUUUAGAACCAUUUGAUGACUUAUUACCUUCGGGUUGUGCCGUUUCACGUCAAGGACGUAAAGAACUUAUUUUAGUUUUAGAAAAUGAAUUGUAUUUGGUACCGUUUGCUAUACUACGUAGUGCAAAAGAUGACGGUGAAUACUUGUCGGAACGUUGUUCUCUUAUGACUAUACCGUCAUUACAGUCACUGCGCUUGAAGAGUAAAAUUUUGCGUACUCGUGAGUUAACAGAAAAUCUUAAUACUGCAUUAGUUGUUGGUGGACCACGCAUACCCACCGCAUUAUCUGAAACCUGGGGCUGGUCCGAGUCACCAGCAUCCCUACAGGAAGCAGCUAUGGUCGCUGAUAUGCUGCAAGCUAAAGCUAUCGCUGGUUGUAGCGCUACAAAAGAAACUGUAAUAUCAGAAUUGCCAACAGCUGAAUGUGUGCAUUUUGCAGCUAAUCUCAGUUGGAAAUUAGGUGCUGUGGUACUAAGCCCCGGGGAUGUUGUUGAUUCUCAAACACAGAAAAGAUACUAUCAAACGACCAAUUCCGAUAAUAACGAAAGUAAUGACGAUACUAAUGGUAGUUCUAACUUAGAACUGCCACAGCUCUCUGACUUUUUGCUAUCAGCCGCUGAUGUGUUAACAAUGAAACUAAACGCGAAACUUGUUGUAUUAAGCUCAUACCAUUCAAUUGAACCCAUAACAGGUGCUGGUGUAGCUAAUUUAGCUGGCAGUUGGCUAUGUGCUGGUGCAGGUGCUGUACUUAUAUCACUCUGGCCUGUGCCGGAAACUGCAGCGAAAAUCUUAUUACGUGCAUUCUAUUCUGCGCUUCUACAAGGGGCUCGUGCAGCCAGGGCGCUAGCAGAAGCUAUGCAAACUGUUCAACAUACAAAGCAUUUUGCUCAUCCCGCUAAUUGGGCCGGAUUUUUGCUAAUUGGUGGAAAUGUUCGGUUAUCUAAUAAAGUCGCCAUGAUGGGCAAUGCACUAUGUGAAUUAAUGAGAACUCCUGAUAAAUGCAGGGAUGCCUUACGUGUUUGCUUACAUCUGGUCGAAAAGAGUUUACAACGUAUACAUCGCGGUCAAAAGAACGCCAUGUACACCACGCAGAAGAGUAUUGAGAAUAAAGCUGGCACAAUCACGGGUUGGAAAGAUUUAUUAAUGGCUGUUGGUUUUCGUUUCGAACCGGCAGCUAAUGGAAUUCCUUCAAGUGUUUUCUUUCCUCAAGCGGAUCCGGAGGAACGACUUUCGCAGUGUUCUGCAAGCUUGCAAGCUUUAUUAGCAUUGACUCCACUGACAUUACAAGCUUUAGCGAAACUUGUUAACAGCUCUGAUGUAGCAGACGAUAUUAUAGCAGUUGUGAGAAAUGUUCUGUCACAAUUUCCACCUAAGGGCAGUACAGAAAUGGAAACGUGCAUUGAAAUUCCAUUAAGUGUUAGACUUUGGCGUGUAGCUGGCUGUCACGAACUUUUAGCAUCGUUAGGAUUUGAUCUUACAGAGGUUGGACAAGAUGAAGUGACAUUGAGAACUGGAAAGCAAGCUAAUAGACGAAAUUGUCAGUUUGUUUUACAAGCAUUAUUAGCGCUUUUUGAUACACAAGAAGCACCAAAAAGUUUAGGAUUGGAUUCCAGCAGCAGUUGCGAAUCAUUGAAUGAAGAACCACAUGCAGAUAUACAUGUCUCCGUUGCCAAUCCAACUAUGUCUCUAUUAGCCAGCCCACAACAAACUCAUCUUAGCCACAAUACAGCAGAUAUAGUUAAAUCUGUCUCAAUGGGUCUGAUGCUUCCGCCUAUGCCGAUGAGCCGUUCACGAAUGAUUAGUACCGGCAGUGGUGCUUUUAUUUCUUAUGUUCGCAGACGUGGCGAACCUGAUGGUGGACGUACCGACACUGAAUCAGCACCAAGUACAACUGCUUCUGCAUUAUACCCCACACUGGAUUCCAGUUUAGCUAACACAACAGACAGUGAUUUAUCUGACGGUUACAUAUCCCAAAAUCAUCUUAAUAAAAAUAAUUGCCCGCGUUUAGGUUAUUCCAGCCUGCGUGGGCGUGUAAAUGUGUCACGUCCUGGAGGAGGCGGGGAAAGCGAUGCAGCUUUUACACCAAGUCCACCAGUAGUCACACAAAAUCCAGUCGAACAAAAUGUAUCACUGGCAUUGGCACAUCAAACUCGUAUACGGCACUUGUACUCAAGCUCUGGACUAAAUUACUUAGGAGAUAGUGUCAUACCAGAAAUGUCAGUAGCACACACUACAUCUCGUAGACCUGAUAGUUCAAGUUCAGCUAGUUCAACAACUGAUUGGGAGGGUUCAGGACAUGCAACAGUAUUAAGGCGCAACAAUCAAACUGUACAACCGCAUGGACAUUUGCCACCUAUGCCACCACCAAGACCUAAUAUGCCAUUAGUUGAUAGUUUACGUCCACUUCCACCACUUGCACCUGUUUAUAAUAAUCUUGGUCAAGCAGUUGGUCCAUCCAACUCUGGUAGUAAUAUAAAUAAUAUGGAAUCCACUAGUUCUGAAUCUGAGUUUGAACGCGGUUUGGAACUAGCACAAACACCAAUGUCUCACUUCCGUCUUAAACCAAAAAUAAAGUUGGGUAAUGCACAGUCUUCUAUUGCUGCACGUCUUAGCAAAGAGCAUGCGUUAUUCAUGGAUCGUUUAAGUGUACGUACUGAAGUUGCUACAAGUACACCCAAUAACUCUCCUAACCCCAACACAACACCAGCUGUAUUCAACAAUGUACGCAAACAUCUUAGCUUAAAUGAACAAGAUGAAAACCAACUCGUACUUAGUACCUCCAACUUAUAUUUCACACAAAAUGAGAACGAAUUAAUGACAGAAACUGUUAACAAGGAUAUCAAGCCAACAACUGCGAAUAUUGCUAACAGCUCUCAAGUUUCCACUGCUAAAGAAUCAAUAAAACCAAAUCAAAAGAACAUACAAGAUUCUAUAUUGCGCCACAUGAAUCGCGAAAUGACACCUACCAUUUCAGAAGUAUAUCACGAACGUAAUCUUGGUUUGGGUCUAGCACCACCAUUAUCCAAACUUUUGCUUAGCAAAAAUUAUGAAGACACGGAAACGAAUACAAUUAAACAUGCAAUUACCAACAACAAUUGUGCUAUAAAAACUCUAGUAGAGGCUGUUAAUGAGUUGGAAUUAAGUGGUGCCUCCUCCACCUCUUCUGUUAGUACAGCUAAUACAAAAACUAUAAAUACCAAGGCACACGCUGUCGCACCUAUUUCGCCUGUGACAAACAGUAGUAACAGCGAAGUUUGCACGGUUUGUGGUGAACCCGCAGAUAUUAUUUGCCACUGCAAGGCUGCAACUGUACAAAAGAAGUCCACUAUGAAGCCUUGGCUUAGUAAUGUGCCCUCAAGUAUAGUAAAAGCCAGCGACUUAACUACUGCUGAUAUAUUAGAACGACAGAAUAAAAUUAAGACGAAUGGCAGUAACACCGAUAUGACCAAUAUUACAUUACCAAAUCUUAAGCGUGCUAGCAGUCCAUUUAACGAGUUAUGUCGACGUGAUGAGGGUGAUGGUCGUUCAGUUGCAGAUUCACAGUGCAGCAGCAAUUACAAAAAUGAUCUUGCCAAACGCUUGGUUAGCUCUUCAACGAUCCCAAAUAAUGAGAGUUGUAGCAUGAAUCAAGUCAGUAUUGCUCCAUCAAUGGCAGGACGUAAAGUGUAAAUUUUUCUUAUACUAAGAAUAAAUUAUUUUACGGAGUUAUAUUUUAUUUAAUGUAAAA